AUGUUGCGUCUGCUACCAUCACUAUUUAUUCUUUCCAUUGUAUUACAACGUACUGAUCAAUAUAAUCAUAGAUGUGACAUUCGAUCACGAUGUGGUCGUUCAAAGAAUUAUGCACUACUUGCAAGAAUUGUCGGUGGAGAACCUGUAAAAACACGAUUAUGGCCUUGGAUUGUAUCACUUAAAGACAGUACUGUUCAUAAACAUGUUUGCGGUGGAACUAUUUUAUCUAACUCAUGGAUUGUAACUGCAGCACAUUGCAUUGAUAAACGAACUGCAUAUGAUUUUAUUAUUGACGCUGGUUCUAAUAUUCUUGAUGAAAGAACUCAACGACGACAUGUGUCUAAAAUUUUCUCCCAUCCGCUUUAUGAUCCGACGAAUCAUUUCCUUCAUGAUAUUGCCUUACUCAAACUAUCAUCACCACUUGACAUGCACGAUAUUGAAGUUGCUAAAAUAUGCCUUCCUCUAGAAAUUAGAAGUUUCAAGCCAAGAAAUGGAAGUGCAGAUUAUACGUAUCAAAAUCCAUCUGUAAAUUCGACGCUUAUUGCUAUUGGCUGGGGCGCAUUACAUGAAAAGAAUGACUUACUACCACAAGAACUUCAGCAAGUAACACUCACAGCAAUUUCUCAUCAAAGUGAUACAUGUCAACAUUUGAUCAAGUCCAAAUCUUCACAAUUCUGUGCUGGUGUUGAAGGAGGUGUCAAAGAUGCAUGUUCUGGUGAUUCAGGUGGUCCUUUGAUGCAAUUCGUAGAAAGUAAACGAUGGGUCUUAGCUGGUAUAACGUCAUUCGGAAUAGGAUGGGUGGUGUGGAUAAUGAAAAGUGAAGACCUUCAAAAACUAGUACUUUCAAAGUAUGAAAACGGCGAAAGUGCAACGAAGAUAUUUGAUGAUUUACUGGGUGCGGUUUCACGUAAAACGGUUUUUAAUUGGUGCAAAAUGAUCCGCGAAACAGGCUCUAUCAAUAUGUCUACUUCACCAGGCCAUCCACGAACUAUUAGAACCAAGAAAACAAUACAGAAGAUCAAAACCCGUUUAAAACGAAGAAAACGGGUCUCGUCUCGAAAACUGGCUCAUGAACUCGAUAUUUCAAGAGCCAGCGUUCGUCGUAUUUUAACGGAUGAUCUGGGACUUCGGCCGUACAAGAAAAGAAUUGCUCCAUUGAUGACAGAUGCUCAAAAAGCCAAGAGAAAAACAUUUGCAAAUUGA